UUGACAUAUAAAAUGUCAGCCAGCCCAUCCAAAUCCAGCCAGCCAUUUGUUUGAGGCCAUUUCGUUGUGUUGUCCAUUUUACAUUACAGAAGACUUCAUUGUUUUUGUGUAUUACUGUGAUGCUUUGUAGUUAAUAGAGUUGAAUUAAAGUUUAUCGAGAGAUGGGUGACUCCCAAGUAGCAAAUAUAGUCAGCGAGAUUUUGCGAGUUGAGGCGGUUGAGGAAGCCUUUAGUUGCUUCCUGGUACAUAAGCCCGAAGAGGAAAAUGAAACAUUAGCAAUGUACCAGAAGAGGCUAUGUGGCGUGAUGACAAACCUGAGCGCAGAGCUACAGGAGUCUGCAUUGCGCCAGUACUUGACGCCGGCUGCAGUUCUCACCAACAGAUACAAAAUGAAACAACUGCUUGGUCUUCUAGAGACACUGGUCAAUACUAAUGUUAUUCAAGCAAGAAUGUUAUGUGAUUGCAUUUUGACCAAUGAAAAACUAGUCUACAAAAAUGCAGAUUUUUGGAUUGAAAGCUUCAAUUUGAUCAGAAGAAUUAUUGGUGGUGUUGAUUACAAAGGCGUCAGGGAAAUAAUGAAGGGUUGCAGAGAAAAAGCACAUACCCUACCAGUUAGGUUAAAUUCCAGUACAAUGCCUCAGUUGAAAGCAUUGUACAAUGUUAUAGAAUAUAUCUUUGAUCGGAAUGCUUCCUUGCUGCCAGCAUACUUUAUUGUUACCGAGAUUCAGAAGGAUUAUCCUGGGAAUAACCACUGGCCUCACUGGCAAUUAGCUAAACUUCUGUCAAGUUUUGUGGAAAGUUUCAAACCUUGUGCUCAAAUGGUGUCUAUAAUAGGACAUUCACAAAUGUUGCCAGUUGUUGAGUUUUCCGGCUAUGCUGAUCAUCUAGUUAACCCGUGGCGUCUAGACCCCACAACAUUAAAGUUUUCACUGAAGGGUAAUUUGCCAUAUGAUGAAGAGCUUCUGAAACCGCAAAUCGCAUUAUUGAGACAUGUCUUACAACAGCCUUAUUCCAGAGACAUGAUGUGUUCAAUGUUGGGCUUGCAAAAGCAACAUAAACAGCGCUGCAUAGCACUAGAGGACCAAUUAGUCGAACUCAUGAUACUUCCCAUGGAAAAGAGUGAGCAAGAGAAUGAAGAUGAUGAAAUGUCUUCAUCACAUUGGUGCUGGCUUCACUUAUCGUCGCAGGUCAUAUACUUGAUCCUCAUCGGUUUCGCGUCAUUCCCCAACAUAGUGAUGGGGCUCCAUAACAAGUUGAUUGGUCAUGACAUGAAGAAAGGGCGUGACCAUCUUAUGUGGGUGUUACUCCAGUUUAUAUCUGGAAGUAUUCAAAGAAAUCCGUCUUCCAACUUUCUGCCAAUAAUCAAACUCUAUGAACUUUUGUAUCCUGAAAAAGAACCAUUGCCCGUACCAGACUGCACCAAGGCCCACAGCACACAUCAGAUGGCUGUAGUAUGUAUUUGGAUGCACUUGCUGAAAAAAGCUGAAACUGAACACAAGACGAUGACCAUGCCCCAAAAUUUAAAAGUACAGUAUGAGUUUCUUCAGCAUCUGAUGACUUCAAAUAAUACACCUACAUUGAUGGGCUCUGACUAUCGCAUAGCACUGCUAUGUAAUGCUUAUUCAACCAACCAAGAAUACUUUGCCAGGCCGAUGGGAGUCAUUAUUGAGACACUAUUUGGGAACCAGAAACCCAUGCCUAAUGGGAAUCCGACCACUCCUUUGCCUAAUGUACCCUUGUCGAUGUGUAUUUUGGACAGCCUGACAUUACAUUGUAAGAUGUCAUUGAUACACUCGAUAGUGACUCAUGUGGCCAAGUUAGCCCAGAACAAAAGCAACAUGCCAGGGAACAACAUGAUGGCGCCGGCCUUAGUUGAGACUUACAGCCGGUUAUUAGUUUAUACAGAAAUAGAGUCUAUGGGCAUUAAAGGAUUUAUACAUCAGUUGCUGCCGAAUGUAUUCAAAUCACACGCUUGGGGUAUAUUGCAUAACUUACUGGAUAUGUUUUCGUAUCGCAUUCAUCAUGUGCAACCACAUUAUAGAGUGACACUUCUGUCUAACAUACACUCUUUGGCUGCUUAUCCACAAGCCAAUCAGACGCAGUUGCAGUUAUGUUUUGAAAGCACAGCGUUGCGUCUGAUAACGAGCUUGGGUAGCUCCGGCGUUCAGCUGCAAAUGUCCAGAGUGGUCUCGGAGCCGAAGUCUCUCGUGUCUUCCGAGAGUGAGGAACUGAACCGAGUGCUCGUGCUCACUCUGGCGCGAGGCAUCUACAUGACUGGCGCAGGCAGCGACGGAGCGGCAGUCAAGGAACUCCUGACCACUAUAAUGACGAACACACCACACAUGUGGUCACAACACACGCUUCAAUGCUUCCCGCCGAUGCUCGUUGAGUUUUUCGCUCAGAACCCAGCCCCGAAAGAGAACAAGCAAGUGCUAAAGAAGUCGGUGGAGGAGGAGUACCGCAAGUGGACGUCGAUGGCUAAUGACAACGAUAUCAUUUCGCACUUCUCAGUGCCCGGCACGCCGCUCUUCCUCUGUCUACUGUGGAAGAUGAUAUUCGAGACCAACAGGAUCAACCCCGUUGCUUUCAAAAUUUUAGAGCGCAUCGGUGCCCGAGCGUUGUCGGCACACUUACGCAAGUUCUGCGACUACCUCGUGUUCGAAGUGACGAACCCGGCGGGCGGGCCGCAUAUCAACAAAUGUGUGGACGCGAUCAACGAUAUCAUAUGGAAAUAUAACAUCGUCACCAUCGAUAGGCUCGUCUUGUGUUUAGUACUACGCCCCAACCCCGACGGUAAUGAAGGUCAAGUCUGUCUCUACAUUAUUCAAUUGUUACUGCUAAAAGGUUCAGAAUUGAGAAAUAGAGCACAAGACUUCGUUAAGGAAAACUCACCGGAGCAUUGGAAACAAAAUAAUUGGUACGACAAACAUCUAGCAUUUCACAGAAAGUACCCAGAGAAGUUUGCUCCCGAAGAAGCGGGCACUGCUUACGGCGGUCCCAUACCUGUGUACUUGAGCAACGUGUGCCUCAGAUUCCUGCCCGUUCUAGAUAUAGUAGUACAUCGACAUCUGGAAAUACCUUCCGUUUGCAAGAACUUGGAACAGCUCUUGGAACAUUUAGGAUAUUUGUACAAGUUUCAUGAUCGGCCAGUUACAUUCUUGUACAAUACUUUGCACUACUACGAGUCGAAGCUUCGAGAUAAACCGCUGUUGAAGAGAAAGCUCGUCAAUGCCGUGUUGGGAUCUCUGAAGGACGUCCGUCCGGCGGGCUGGGCCACCACCGAGACCUUCCAGACGUUCCUAGCUAAAAGUGAAGUCGAUGCCACUGCUUGGACCCCGGACCUUAACUAUUAUCUCACUUUGGUCAAUCGCAUGGUUGAUACUAUGACUGGCAGCUCCCAUUUCCCCAACACAGACUGGCGCUUCAACGAGUACCCGAAUCCUUCUGCGCAUGCGUUAUACGUGACCUGCGUCGAACUGAUGUCUCUACCUCUCGCGCCCAACUUCGUAGGCAAUGCACUCUUAGACGUAGUUACCAAAGGCUUUGUGGUCAUACCAGCUACAAAAAUACAGCUUUGGAUAAACGCCAUAGGGCUCAUUAUGGCAGCUUUACCUGACCCAUACUGGACGGUGAUCCACGACCGCAUACUAGAACUUAUGACGAACAACGAAAUGACGGAAUGGCCGUAUCCGCAUACACCAUUCCAGUUGUUCAACCUCACUAUCACAAACGACGCCUUGUUGGAGAACAAAUAUAGUUUAACUUUGGCAUUGGCUCACGCGAUUUGGUAUCAUGCGGGCGCGGGACAAAUUAUGCAAAUUCCUGUAUUCGUCAAAGAAAAGUUAUCAGUGGAGAUUCACUCCGAGGUUCAGUUGUUGUACCUCUGCCACUUGGUGGGGCCGUUCCUGCAACGAUUCAACUCGGACUUGUCGAGAGCGGUGAUGGAUAUCACUAUAACAUUGUACGAACUGUUGGCGCAUAUCGACAAGUCUCAGCAGCACCUACAGUACAUUGACCCGAUAUGUGACUUGCUAUAUCAUAUAAAAUACAUGUUCGUGGGCGACACGAUGAAGAACGAGGCCGAGGGCGUGAUCCGCAAGCUGCGGCCGGCGCUGCAGAUGCGGCUGCGGUUCAUCACGCACUUGAACGUGGAGCAGAUAAACACCGCCUAGCAGAGCGACUACUACAGCUACACGCCUUCCAGCUCGAGCUCCAGCUCGGAAUAGGCGCGUAACUGUAGUCACCACAGACUUACCAACCCCGCAGAACUUACAAAGUGCACCUAUUUUGUGAUCGGACUUUCAAGUGACUAGUUGUGGUUCGUUUGGCAAGCAGCUGUCACUAACGAGCUGGCCAGCCUAUAUAGUAUCUUUGAGUCGACACUUAACGUAAACAAUCUUGUUACGAAUUUUUUCAUAUUCGUCAUAUUGUGUCGAAUUUGUCGUUCGUAAUUUGACAUGAAAAAAAUGACAUACAUUAUCAAGAUUGUUUACCUUUUGUUAAGUGUCUACUCAAACGAAGUAUAGUUCAACUACAUCACAGAAAACGACGUUAAGAACUAAACUUAAUAGCAAUAAGUUAAAUUCAUAUAAAACCAGGUAUUUUCCUAUUGAAUAUUUUAUUGUUAUAAAUAGGUUGGUGAUAAUUAAUGAUGUUGAUGUGACCUUAACUGAUUUCUGCAAUACCUGCUUUAAAUGAUGUUGAAGACAAAAUCUGGUAAAUAGACUUGAAAAAUAAGCAAUCUUAUAGCGUAAUAAAAUACUUAUAGAAAUACAAAUGAAUAUAUAGCAAAUAUAAAUAAGUGGAUGUAAGAAAACAUGAAAUCUUACGGUUCUUCAAUGCAAUAAACAAUCACACUAUUUUGUAAGUUAAAUGUGUUAAGAUAAUUUUAAAACAUCGAAUAUGAACUAAUAAAGUAAAUAGAGUAUAAUAUGAAGAGAGAUAUCCGUAGUAAUACGUCACUAUUAUACAUAGUUUACAUCUCAAUAUACUCAUUUAGGGCCGAAACACAAUAUCCGGGUUGCGGCGCCUCAACGCUGAAAUCGUCAGUUUUGCGUUGCAGGGGUUAUUCCCGCUCGGUAACACCCUUUCUUCAACACUGGACGAUCGGGAAAAAAAAGUUUCGUUCGUUCACAAUGUUGACGAACGCUACUUAUUAUUUCGGGUAAUUCCGGUUUGGUAACACCUUUCGUUACUAUCGUCAACACUGUUGACGAACGGGAAAAAGAAGUUUCGUUCGUUCGCAGUGUCCAUGAAUGCUGAUUUUUAUUUUUAAAAUAUAGAAAUAAAAAUAAAACAUGUCAUGGAUUUUUAAAGUGUAAAAUGGCUAUUAUGAACAUGACAUUUUUUAUUUUCUAGUUAAUUGUGUUUUAAAAUAUCUAAUAUAAUCCAUGAAAACAUUUAAAAAAUCCAAACAAAUAAGAACCAGCAUUCAUGGACACUGCGAACGAACGAAACUUCUUUUUCCCAAUCCCUUAACGAAAGUUGUUACCGAACGGGAAUUACCCGAAAUAAUAAGCAGCGUUCGUCAACACUGUGAACGAACGAAACUUUUUUUCCCGAUCGUCAACAGAGUUGACGAAAGGGUGUUACCGAGCGGGAAUAACCCCGUUGCAGCAUUGCUGCAUCGUGAAAAACUAGUAUAUUUAGUAGGCUUACCAGUUCUUCGUGAUUGUUUUUACCGUGGAUAGUCAAAAUUCAAUUCCAGUUUAAAUGCAAUCCGAUAAAUUGUUAUAUUUGACAUUAAAAAGCUUAUCAGUCUACAUUUGAACCGUAUGAUCUUUCGGAGUCUAUAAAAACAUAAAUAAAGAAAAGUAUCGCAACAUACGUACUGAACAUUGUCACCAAGUAUGACGGCAGAACUCUGUAUUUUGUGCCGCAGUGAACUGGUGAACUGGAGGAACGACGAAUUUGGUGGAGCGCGCCGCAAAGCAUUUAUGUUUCGACCCUUAAGUUGUCAUAUAUUUAUGAGUGAAGCUAUUUAUUUAAAUCUGUAUAUAAAGUCUGAAAUCGUGGAAACGCUUAAUCAUAGCCAGAUCAACACUCAAUAUUUUAAGUUGUAUUUCUUCUACAGAUAGCGCGCGAGUUGAAUGCAGAGCUUAGGAAUGCGGUAUGAUAGUUGACAAGGAUGGCACAGCACUACACUGCAGGCGCGUGAGGUGGGGCGUGCGGGUGGCGGGGGGAGAUGCUCCCGCUCUUUACCUCAGACCCCGACUGCAUUCAACUCGCGCGCUAUCUGUAGUUAGGAGAAUGUCAGUACUCGGUAUAUUAUCUAAUUAAAUCUAAUAAGUAUUAAAUUACAAAACAAAAAAUAAUAUAUGAGAAACUAUUUUUGGUACAUUGUAAUACAAAUGUAGCACUGAGGUUUCAUAAUUAUGUAAUGAAUUAUAAAGGUACUCUUUUAUUCAUAACCAAGUGUUUCCCUUGGUUCUACAUGUUGCCACAUAGUUAUCGAACGACUACUGAACUUGAACAGGUUCAGCUGUUUAAUCGUGUAUGAAGAAAAUUCACUCUCGCUAUUAUAAUAAUGUUAAGCUUGUCCAAGUUAUUUGCAAAAGGCUUAUAACAAUGGUGGAUUUUAGAAACGUAUUAAGUUUGAUAUAAUACCUACUAUGUCAAUCUUUUCUUCUUGACGAUCAUUAUUAAUUUAUUGUUGACUCUAUUUUAACUCAAUUGUAUAAUAUUUAUUACGUUAGAGUAAACUUUUUAGUAGUAAGUACAUAUUACCUGGAAUUCUUUACUUUAUCCUAUUAGAAUUUGAAGUUUUUAUUACGAAUGAGCAUGAUGCCUAAAUAGUUAAAAUCCUAUUAGCAUUUUCAAUCAGAAAAAAUAUUGGACAUGAUUUUUACAGUUUCCAUUAAGGUAGGUAUUUGGAACCGGUCGGCUCAGCGUUUGCUUGCGUGGUUCAAUAGUCAAAGUCAAAGGACGGAAAUGCUGACAUCGUUUACCAGCUUCGUGCGUUUAUCGCGGGCAUAUAUUGCUAUGCUGAGACGAUCGAAGCCUUGGAUGGGCGCAACGUGAAGUUUGUAUUGUUAUAAAUCUUAUAGAACUAGGACGUCUCAACUCCCCAUUCCUGAACUUGUUACUUUAGUGUAAAAAAAAGUAAAGUAAUUUAAAGUAGCUCUCCAUCUGCCUGUCGCGCUUUCACGCCAAAUCUACUACGUAGGUAGUCUAUAGUAUCUACCUUAGAAAGGACAUAGAACUUUAUCCAGGUGUGGGAACUGUGCAAUAUUUUUUCUAUCUAAAUGAGCGUCCUAGUAGAAUCACUCAUUUUUAACCCCGACAUCAUGCCUAUUUAUUAAUUAUAAAUUAUCGUUUUAACAAGUUUAAAGCUUUGUGCAUCAAUCUGACUGUUAAUAAGUAGAUAACUGCAAAAGAGUUAACGUGUUAACCAUGUGUAUGUAGGUAUUAAAUUCAACAGACUAAAAACUAGGGAACAUACAAAGGCCCAAGCUCACCGACAACUAAACGGCAGUUUUUUUUGUUUUGAAAUUAAACGUAAAAAUGCAUAAUAAAUAUUUGUCUUAAGAAAACUGACGUCUUUGUUGUGGGCUAACUUGUGCCUUAAAAGAUUAAAUCCAUCCACCUUUCACCGAUGAAACAAAUUAAGAGUUGUGAUUAUGUUAUAAGACUUGAAAUGUAUUUGUAUCAAAAUUAUGCCAAGAAACUUAACGUUAAUACGAAGUCUGCCUGCCUCGCGGCACUAUGUUGAGCGAGGACCGAUAUCCGUGUUUAUGACGUAUUUAUAUUACUUUGCAUAAUUUUGGACACUAACUUGAAUAAUUGAUCAAAUUUUUAAGUUUUUAUGUAGGUAAUAAACUAUUUUAUUAUCAGCAUGACAAAAAUAUUGAAUAUUGGUUCAAAAAGUUGUCGUAUGUUUUAUGCCGAUUGUUCAAAUAGUCUGUCUUCUUCUAGAUUCAAACACCUCAUUCUAGUCAUGCUAGAUUUUUUCAACCAAAUAAAAUAAGAAUGAGAUGCGACAGUUAAGUAAUGUGUAUUAAAAUUAACAAAGUUGUAACAAUAUGGGUUAUGAUUACGAAAUAAAUGUAUGUAUUUUAUUUUUAUUUUAUUAGGUAUCAAAAGUAAAACAAGGAUGAGAGUGAUAAGGUCUUGAUUUUGGUUAUAUGUAUGUAAUUGUAUUUUUCUUAUCAAGAAACUAUGUAUUAUGAUAUUAAACACUGCCAUUGGAAUGGUCAAUAAGGGUGCGUCUACACGGUGCAUGUAGCUGGCGCAAGUUAACAUGCGCAAGUGACCCGAAUGCACGCAACGACACUAUGGGGUGAGUACUUUGCUUUGGUGCGCGAGUCGCGAGUCUCUAGAUCACCACGUUAUUAAAAUGCAUGUAUCCUGGGCAUGCACAGGAUACAUGUAUGUAAAUGCAAGUAGCUUACUUGCGCCGUGUAGACUCACCGUAAGAAAUAUAAUUUAAGUAAAUACCUACCUAUGUAUUUAAAAACGUCUAAAAGGUUUUUCAACUGAGUUUGUGUGUACAUAAUUCCAUUUAUGACUGCAUUUUUAUGGAUUUUUAAAUUAGCAUGUGUACGUUUGGUUCAGAUUUUAAGUAAAAAAAUCAUAUUUAAGGUUUUAA